UUGCAGUCGAUUGUUCCUAAUAUUCAGUUCGCAAUCAAGUGGGUACUGAAAAACAUAAAAAAUCAUGUCUGUGAAAAAGAUAUUAGUGAGUUUUGUGCUCCUUUUCAUCCUUCUGGCAGUGGUCUAUGGUUUACCUGCACAACCGUUCGGUAAUACAGGAGGUAUCAAAAGUGACGUCAUAGUUACCAAUUGGCCUUCUUCUGGAAAGGGAACAAUUGUAGAAGAGGAGCAGCCUGGCUGGAUGAGACGUCAACUCAUGAAUUUCGGAAAAGCGGCAAGUAAAGUGGGUAACAUGAUGGGUUCUCAUGCAACUAAAAUUACAUCUGCUCUCGAUAAAAUUUGUGAAAUUAUCAAAACAGUAAUUCCACUCUUAGCGGCAGUGUGUCAUGUUGGACAAUUUGGAUUUUGUGCUGCGACUAAUGAAGCUCCAAGUGAUCUUUCAGCCGCCAUUUCUCCAGCGAUGUUGAGUGACUUGGACCGAUGAAUCCUAAAGAAAAAUGAUUAUAUUAUACAUAGAGAAUAGAAAGAGAAUUAUAAGAUUGCGGCAACUAGCCAUUUGGUCACAAGUAACCUGGGAAUGAUUAAAGACAGGAGAAAUCAUUAUAGCACUAUAUUAUGUGUACCUAAUCAUAUAAAAAAAUGAAUUCAGCAAUUGAAUAUUCUAAAUAUAAAAUAAUUAGAGCUAAAUUUUCAUCCAUAGUUUUUUUUUUAUUAUUAACGCUCUGGCUUUAUCCGAAAGGCUUAAAACCUUAUUUAUUGUUGGUUAGUUACUUUUAAUCUUUUUUUCACUUAUAAAUCUACAGAAAAUAUAAUUUUAAACUGUUAUUGUUGGUGAUGUUUCAUGUAAAUAAAAACAAUUUUAGGCACUAUUUUAAUUUUGGGUUUAGAAACGUAUAUCUCCAAAAAUUUAUACGAUAAUAAAACAACAAAAAGACAUUCAUAAAACUUUCAACAGAA